AUGUGGGAUGAAAUACGAAGUUACUUACACGCCAAGUCAAUCAUCCACAGAGACCUCAAGAGUAAUAAUAUAUUUCUCCAUGAAGACCUUACAGUAAAAAUAGGUGAUUUUGGUCUAGCCACUGUGAAAUCUCGAUGGAGUGGGUCCCAUCAGUUUGAACAAUUGUCUGGAUCCAUUUUGUGGAUGGCGCCAGAAGUAAUCAGAAUGCAAGAUAAAAACCCAUACAGUUUUCAGUCAGAUGUGUAUGCAUUUGGAAUUGUUCUGUACGAAUUGAUGACUGGCCAGUUACCUUAUUCAAAUAUCAACAACAGGGACCAGAUAAUUUUUAUGGUGGGCCGAGGAUACCUAUCUCCAGAUCUCAGUAAGGUACGGAGUAACUGUCCAAAAGCCAUGAAGAGAUUAAUGGCAGAGUGCCUCAAAAAGAAAAGAGAUGAGAGACCACUCUUUCCCCAAAUUCUCGCCUCUAUUGAGCUGUUGGCCCGCUCAUUGCCAAAAAUUCACCGCAGUGCAUCAGAACCCUCCUUGAAUCGGGCUGGUUUCCAAACAGAGGAUUUUAGUCUAUAUGCUUGUGCUUCUCCAAAAACACCCAUCCAGGCAGGGGGCUAUGGAGAAUUUGCAGCCUUCAAGUAGCCACACCAUCAUGGCAGCAUCUACUCUUAUUUCUUUAAGUCUUGUGUUUGUACAAUUUGUUAACAUCAAAACACAGUUCUGUUCCAUAUAUCUUUUUUUAAAGAUACAAAAUUUUCAAUGCAUAAGCUGUUGAGGAACAGAAUGGAAUUUCCUAUUCAACAAAAGAGGGAAGAAUGUUUUAGGAACCAGAAUUCUCUGCUGCCAGUGUUUCUUCUUCAACACAAAUACCACGUGCAUACAAGUCUGCCCAUUCCCAGGAAGAAAGAGGAGAGACCCUGAAUACUGACCUUUUGAUGGUCAGGCAUGAUGGAAAGAAACUGCUGCUACAGCUUGGGAGAUUUGCUAUGGAAAGUCUGCCAGUCAACUUUGCCCUUCUAACCACCAGAUCAAUUUGUGGCUGAUCAUCUGAUGGGGCAAUUUCAAUCACCAAGCAUCGUUCUCUUUCCUGUUCUGGAAUUUGUUGUGGAGCUCUUUCCCCUAGCCACCACCGGUUAAUUUCUGAGGAAUGGAACAAAAAU